CUGAUCACUGGUUCCGCCAGCUAGUUCCGCACAGCGCAUAUGUAACACAAUUUGUGGCUGUUGUUUUCAUUUUGUUUUUCUUCACUAAAAUCAGCUAGAAAUAAUAAUAAAUGGCAGCCAACGCCAAAGCCAUCGUUAACACGCCGCUGCUGCAGGGACUGAAACAGCUGGUGCGCUCGCUGCACACGGACUGCGCUCGCCUGUCCAGCUUUCGCUCGUCCAGGGAGGUGCAGCCACUCGAACAGUACCCCGAGGUGGAGGUGCUGCACAAUCCGCCCGAAUGGAAGUACGUGGAGCGCCUGCUGCCGCCUCGCACCGUGCCCCAGCCCGUCGCAAAGCCAGCCUAUCCGUCUGGCUGGAAGCCACAGACGGCGACUGGCCAGGAGAGCGGCUACUUUGUGGCGCGCACCAAGAACCACAUGGUGCCCGUCUAUCUGAAUACGCGCUUUCGCGGCCAGCGCCGCCUCACCAUCGUGCGACUCAUCCAGGGCGAUAUCUGGGCCCUUGAGCGGGAUCUGCGCCAGGUCGUGGAACAGUCUAGAAACGGCAAGCUCUGCGCCACCCGGGUCAACGAGCUGAGCGGCCAAAUUCACAUCCAUGGCGACUAUGUGGAUCUGCUGCGGGAGCAUCUCAAGAGCAAGGGAUUCUAAUUUUGUUGCAAUAAACAGUUAAAUGUUAA